ACCGGAUAUCAAAUCUUACGUCACACCCAAACCCCUCCCAUAAUACACACAAAACAUGCGACGGCAGAAGUGCUAGCAGAGAUCAGGUUGUUUUCGCUAUUCCCUGUUGUCCACUCUCUGCGUCAGGAUGCAGUUGGAAGCACAUCUGCGUCUGUGCCAUAGCUGUGUUUGGUACAUCAAAACUGCAAAGCUCCUCUCCACACAGGCAGCCAUUAACAGGUCUUCAUCAAACUACUAUGAUCUACUAGGAGUAAAACCUGAUGCGUCAGUGGACGAAAUCAAAACAGCGUUUUUUGACAAAUCUAAAAAGGUUCAUCCAGACAGUGACCCGUCCAACCCCAGCCUUCACGGCCAGUUCGUGCAGCUGAACGAGGCCUACCGGGUCCUGAGCCGAGAGGGCAGCCGGAAGGAAUACGACCUGCGCCUCCGACACCCGUACCCCUAUGCCGGCAGUCAGCCCUUCAGGACCUCAUCCACAACGCACACCUACACACCAAAUGCGGAGCAGGCGGAGCGUAUCCGCUACUGGGAGCAGUUCCGUUACAGGCAGGAGGGGCCCCAUGUCCAAGAGCAGAUGGAUCAGAGGAGGAAGAGGAACAGCAGACUGGUGGCCUACUGUCUCAUGGCUAUGGUCAUCAGCAUCGGCGCACACUUUGUCGGCUUCAGAAAACUGGAGGAGGUACACACAAACUUUAUGGACGAGAAAGACAGAGUCAUCACUGAGAUUUAUAAUGAAUCCAAAGAAAGAGCUAGAGUGAACGGCUUCAGAAAACAGACAGAGAUCCUCAGGCAGAAGCACGCAGAGUUUCUUGAGAAGAGGAAGCUGGAAAUGGAUAAAGGCUCUAGCAGGUGCUAGACAAACGCAGCAGAUAUUUUGGAAAACCGUUGUCCUCUUUUCACUACAACUGCACACUGUUGCAUUGGAUCCAGGAUCCAUGGCAUCAAUAUGUUUUAAAAUUCAUGAAAUCCACUUGAUAUGAAGGAUAGAUGGAUGGUGGGUAGAACAAAGUGCCUGACCAAAGGGCCUCUCUGUCAAACCUCCUCAGAACAUCACGUGUUAUACUGACUGAAUGCAUCUCACAAUCACAGUUCUGGGAUCUUCAGUUCUCUUCAAGUUGAAUUUGAAGACACGGCACGGUUGUGCUAUCCCUUAAUUUUAAACUUAAUUUUAAAGGAAGGAACUCAUAAGGAGAUAAAAUCUCUCUCUCUCUCUCUCUCUCUCUCUCUCUCUCUCUCUCUCUCUCUCUCUCUCUCUCUCUCUCUCUCUCUCCCUCUUUCUCUCUCUUUCUCUCUCUCCCUAUCUCUCUCUCUCUCUCUCUCUCUCUCUCUCUCUCUCUCUCUCUCUCUCUCUCUCUCUCUCUUUCUUUUAUUUUUUUAAGAGAGCCUUGGCCAAGAAUACACAAAGUACACAACAUUAGAUAAACACAAACAUAUUUGGCAUUCCAGACUAAAUUAAUUGUACACUGGAUUUUCUGUAAAUAGGUCUAUCCACAUGUAUGUUGCUCUCAGAAGCUCAGAAGCAGAAUUGGAGCUGCAUCACCAUGGGGAGGUUUGGGCGGGAUGGUUGGAGGUUGGACAGGGGGGUGGGGGUUGCAGUGGGUUUUUUGUGGUGUGGCACCUAAUGUUUUAUUUUUUAUUUUUUGGGCGGGCUGCAGUACAUGGUUCUCCUUAUGUGCUGCUCAAUGUGAGUUACUACGUGCGGUGCAAUAUUUGAACAAAACGGGACAAGAAGCUCCCCUGACCUGUUGUAAUAAUUCUGUAUAAUAUACUGUUUCCCUGUCUCGAUUGGAAGGCAUGGAAAGGGUUAAACUAGUAUUUUGAAAGGUGACAUUUUGGGUCUUUGGCGUGACUGUGAGAGAGAGAGUGUGUGUGUGUGUGUGUGUGUGUGUGUGUGUGUGUGUGUGUGUGUGUGUGUGUGUGUGUGUGUGUGUGUGUGUGUGUGUGUGUGUGUGUGUGUGUGUGUAUGUGUAUGUGUGUGCGUGCAUGCGAGAGUGUGUGUGUGUGCAUGUGUGAGUGUGUGUGUGCGCGCCACGUGCGUGUGUACACGGGUGUGCGUGCACACAGUUUCUGGUUAAGGACAUUACCACAAUGCCUUUGCGUGAAGACGGCACCUUGAUGCUUGAUUAAUUCAUUCAUGAUGUUUGUUGAUGAAACAUCUCACUUCUGUGUUGCCUUAUACUGUUUUAAUUUAAAAUGUGUUAAGUUUUGUGCCAUAUUGCAUAUUAAAGCAUCAUGUCUCAUCUACCUAA